AUGAGCCAGUUACCCUUCAGAAAAGGACUAAUUGUGAAAGAGAUGCUGCUAAGUCCUAAUGACCUGUCUGAGUUGGAGUCAGUAGAGGUUACAGAACCACAGGAAAUCAAGACAUACCACAAAUGUAAUAAGUCCUUGGAUCAUGUAUCUUGCACUCAAAAUGGAUCUAGUGUGAUGACUUUCCUCAAGAGAAAUGCUUUUGUUGUUCUUACAAUGGUCGGUGUUGCAAUAGGGAUCGGCCUGGGCUUUGCUCUGCGAUCCAUUAAUAUGUCAACCAGGGAUAUAAAAUAUUUAACCUUUCCUGGAGAACUUCUAAUGAGAAUCCUGCAGAUGUUGGUGCUUCCUCUCCUCAUAUCCAGUCUGAUUACAGGAAUGUCAUCUGUGGACAGGAAGGCUUAUGGUAAACUUGGGCUAAGGGCUCUCAGCUUUUACAUGGUCACCACACUUAUUGCUGCAUUCACUGGUAUUGCCCUAGCAAUUCUUAUCCAACCAGGGAAAUCAUCCAGGACUGCUUCGGUGUCCUCUAGUGGUGAAGCAGAAGCUGUGCAGACUGUAGAUUCAUUUCUAGAUCUUAUCAGAAACAUGAUUCCCUCAAAUCUGAUUGAAGCUUGUUUCAGAAAGUAUAAAACAGUUUAUUCCAGGAGUGUUUCAACAGGAACAAGUCUUGGUGUCAUCAAUGAGACUGAAACCAGUGAAAACAAUGACAGAGUACCAGUGCCAGGCACCUCAGAUGGCAUUAAUAUAUUGGGUCUAUUGGUCUUCUCUGUUGCCUUCGGUCUCACCCUGGGCAGUAUGGGGACUGAGGGAAAACCUCUGAGGGAUUUCUUCGACUGCCUGAAUAAAGCCAUUAUGCGUUUAGUCAGCAUAGUCAUCUGGUAUUCUCCCGUGGGAACCCUCUUCCUGCUGGCAGGACAGAUUGUGAAGAUGGCAGACCCUGGAGAGAUAGGUCGGGAAGUUGCCAUGUAUGCUCUCACUGUGAUUAUUGGCCUGAUAAUCCACAGUUUGUUCACUCUGCCCCUCAUCUAUUUCAUGGUCACACGUAGGAAUCCCUUCAGGCUUAUAGGUGGUCUACUCCAGGCUCUCACCACUGCUUUUGGGACUUCAUCAAGUUCUGCAACCCUACCUGUCACUCUCCACUGUGUGGAGGAAAACCACAACAUGGACAGACAAGUGGCACGCUUUAUGCUUCCUAUUGGGGCCACAAUGAACAUGGAUGGUGCAGCGCUCUAUGAAGCUGUAGCUGCUUUAUUCAUUGCCCAGGUUAAUAAAAUGGAGUUUAACCUUGGUCAAAUCAUUAUCCUUAGUUUGAUCGUCACAGCUGCAAGUACUGGUGCAGCAGGCAUCCCACAGGCUGGCAUGGUAUCCAUGGUGAUUGUGUUGGCGUCAGUUGGACUACCCACUGAAGACAUAUCGCUGCUCUUGAUUUUUGAUUGGAUACUGGAUCGUCUAAGGACUACCACCAAUGUGCUGGGUGACUGUAUCGGUGUGGGUGUCGUGCAGCAUCUGUCCAGACAUGAGCUCCAGAGCUUUCAGCUCUGAGCUUCUUGACAGCAUCUAUUUCCAAAGGCUAAGAUUCGUGUGAUAUGUUAAUGCUGAAUGAUAACAAACUGUUUUUUUGUCUUUGUGAAUUUUACUACCCAGUAUACAAUAGUAGUUGAUAUUAAUUUAGCACACACAGGAACAUGUUUUAGAUCUUCAGGAAAAGCAGAUGUAGAUGAAUCAGAUGUUAGAGGAACAGAGUUUAGGAGUGAAUUAGCUGUCCCUGCUCCUGCUGGUAUCAAUAAACCCACCGUACUUGAAGAGCAGGAGUAAUUAACACACUUCCAGCAGCGUUGCAGGGGAAGCUUGGUGAAUAUUUCUAUGUACAGUAUGUUAGAUAUGAAAUGUUAAACUUUAGUGGACAACAUUAAUAAAAUUAGGAUGACAGUAUUGGGAAAUAGAGUGUGCAUUUUAUUAAUUAAAAUAUUCAG